AUGGGGACAUCCCUCGAUGCCCUCAAUAACACAUCCUCGAGCCUGACCCAGCGCAGACAAGCUGCCUCGAACCUUCCUGCAUUUGAGCUGCCCCCCCCAACAAACCUUCAAUUCACCCAGGUGUCAGCUCAGAAAUUCCCUCCCCUGUCAGGUAUCAACACCUCUCACGCUGGUCCUGCGCCGGUGAGUGUGGGACAACUUCUGACACCGCCUUCCAAUUCCGCCUCUGAGGCAAGCACAGUCUCAUCUGCCGUUCCUGCGGGAACAACUCCCACCAGCGCCGCAGUUCCCGUGCUCCCUUAUACCCCCACCUUCUUCAAUACUGGCACCGCUCCGACUGGAUAUCAUGCAGGCUUCACGCAGCCCUGGCAAAGUGGAAAUCCGUUGAUUCCUCCCCGGCCCAUGUUCUCUCCGAUGCCGGGCCCGUCAGUGAGAAAUAGCGCCAACUCCCCUACGACCGGAGAGGCUUCAGCGUUGCCUCCUCCCCCAUACGAUCUGAACGCUGUUCCGCCGUACGGAGGACCUCUCCCACUUUCUUCUCCUGCCAGUGCCCCCAACUCUUCUGCCCAGCAACACGUUCUAUCUUCUUUGCAGAAUGGGGUUCGUCCACAAAGCAAACAGUCUUCAGCGACACCCAACGAUGGAGUUAGCCGACCAUCAUCCAAUCCGACCUUGUACACAGGCAUGACAAGUGCCGCUCAGCAUCAACCCGGAUAUCCAUAUACAGCUUCCACCCCUGUGUCGCAAAGUCCUCACUCCCAUUCUCGGUCGGCACCACGCAUUUCUCCCACUCUUCAUCAAGGAGCAGUCCCACCACAACCACAAGAUCCAUUCAUGCGACCCCCUCCUCCUUCAUAUUCUUUGCCUGCAAUGCCCGGACCUAUUAUGUCCAAUGUUCACAGCCCAGGAGCCCAAAUGGCGAUGGUGGGAAAUAUGCAACCCAAUUUGCUGCCCAUGGCUUUCAACAGCGGCUAUGCUGCCAAUGCGCCAGCCAUGUAUGGCCAACAACGGACCAAUGCACCGCAACAGCCAUCAGCACACGAUCGACCUUUCAAAUGUGAUCAGUGCCCUCAAAGCUUCAAUCGCAACCAUGACCUGAAGCGCCACAAGAGAAUCCAUCUUGCCGUGAAACCUUUCCCUUGCACUCACUGUGACAAGAGCUUCUCUCGCAAGGAUGCGCUCAAGAGGCACAUUUUAGUCAAGGGAUGUGGCAGUGGUUCCUCAACCGAUGGGGCACCAAGGGAAGAUGGUCUCAAAUCCGAAUCUGGGAGUGAUGGCGUCAACGGAAGCCCGGAGCCCGCCACAGCGACAUGA